AUGGGUUCCGGAAGAGGAUCGUCUGGGAGCUCCUUGUCUCUCAAAACAUCGAAUAAGCUGAAACGGAAACAGCUUUACGUUCAGCAAAAAAAGAACACCGGCAAAGCUCGCCACGAGGAGCGACACCGAAGGCGCAGGGAAGAGGCCAAGGACCCCGAAUUGAGGAAGCAGCGGCUCGAGCAGAACCAACCCACGAGCAUCGACAAGAAGAGGAUAUGGGAUGAUGUCGAUGAUGACACUCUCGGCGCUGUUGUGGAUGUUGCCCAAUUGAAGCGGCGGCGCUUGGAGGAGGCCGAGGCGGCAGCGGCAGCAGAGGCAGACGGCGCGGUAGACGGCGCUGUGGAAAAAGACGAUGAUGUCGACAGUAUGCUUGGGUCCGAUGAGGAGAGGGAAGGGGAGGACGACGACGAAGAGCGCAUGGAGAAGCAACGCCAGCGGGCGCAGAGACAACCUAGCAUCGCUCCAUCAACCGUGUCCACGAAUCUCGACCUUACCCCAGAUGCCCUGGCCGCCCAAUUCAAGUACCUAUUUAGCGACGAACCUCCCGCGAUGCCCAAGAUUCUCGUCACCACUGGACUCAAUGGGACAAUCCAUAAGGAGGCGCAGGAUAUUGCCUCCGUUCUCCCUAAUGGUGGGCAUCUCCUAAAACCGCUGGGCCACGAUUCCGUGCUAACAUUGCGUCUAGCCACCUACAUCCCUCGGAGUGCUCAUCGCUAUGGUCACAAAUACAGCGUGAGGGAGAUUGCAAAAUUUGCCAAGAACCGCGGAUACACGGCGUUAUUGGUGGUGCAUGAAGACCUCAAACGGCCAAGCCAGCUCAGCGUGUGCCAUCUCAAUGGCGAGGAUGCGCCGCCUGGACCUACCCUUACUUACACCAUCCGGAACUACCAGCCAGGGAAAGCGAUUCUCGGACACGGCAACCCCACCAACCACUAUCCCGAGCUCCUUCUCAACGGCUUCAAGACUCCGCUAGGUCUGCUGGCGGCCAAGUCCAUGAACACAUUAUUCCCCCCGAAACCCGAACUAGCAGGCCGGCAAGUCUUGACACUACACAACCAGCGCGAUUACAUCUUUUUCCGCCGGCAUCGGUAUAUUUUCCGUGAAGCACGGGCGACGGAGAAGAAUGUGCAGGGUGCGGACGGCAAAGAAAUGGACGGGGUCAAGGGGAUCCGCGCCGGGUUGCAGGAGAUUGGACCCCGCAUGACCCUGAAACUCCGUAGAGUUGACAAGGGGAUUGGAAGGGCAGGCAGUGAAGGCGACGACGCCCUGAAGUGGGAAUGGAAAGCGAAGAUGGAGAAGAAGCGGACGCGCUUCAACCUGUAG